AUGCAAUAUGCAAUGCCACCAGCAAUGAAUAUUAGUACUCUGGCGCAAUUGUUUGAUGUAGGAAAUGAAGAGUGUUCAGUUAUUCUGUUAUGGACUUAUAGUGCUGCGGCCAUAACACUUACUGCUUGGUCAACAUUCCUCUUGUGGUUAUUUUCAUAUUAA